CAGAAUAGCAUUCGGAAGACGUCGUUUCGCACGUUAUUAAAAGCAAAUCCGUUUCUCUGCUCUUCGGCGUUUCGAAUUUCUGUUUUAUUAUAGCUGUUAAUUAUAAAUCUUCGAAUCGCAAUGUUUACUUCUUGUAAGGUUUCUAUUUUAUCUGUUGGUAUAAUUUUCCUGGCAUUAUUGCAGCUACCUGUUGCGGCGUAUCAUUUAGAGAAAAGACAGGCCGUUUGUCAUAGCCCUGUGAUAUUAGUGCCCGGUGAUGGAGGUAAUCAGUUGGAGGCAAAACUGGAUAAGCCAGAAAUUGUUCAUUACUUCUGCAAUAGGAAGACAGAAAAUUAUUUUAGCUUAUGGUUGAAUCUUGAAUUACUUGUUCCAUAUGUUAUUGAUUGUUGGAUUGACAAUAUGAGGAUGGUUUAUGAUAAUGAAACAAGAACAACAUCUAAUUCCCCUGGUGUGGAUAUUAGAGUACCUGGUUUUGGUAAUACUACGAGCGUUGAUUGGCUGGAUCCUAGUGAGAUAUCACCCAGUUCUUAUUUUGUGAACAUCAUUGAUAUACUAGUAACGCAAGGUUAUACAAGAGACGUAGAUAUUCGAGGUGCUCCAUAUGACUUCAGGAAAGCUCCAAAUGAAAUGGCAGACUAUUUUAAACGUCUGAAAAAUUUAACUGAAGAUACAUAUGAGAAAAAUUCUCAGACCAAAGUUACUUUUAUCUGUCACAGCAUGGGCUGUCCUAUCAUGAGUUACUUUUUUAACCAGCAGACACAAGCUUGGAAAGAUCAAUACAUUAAAACAUUAGUUUCACUUGCAGGAGCCUGGGGAGGUGCAGUGAAAGCUGUGAAAACAUUUGCAUCAGGAGACAAUCUUGGAGUUUUUGUUAUAAGCCAAACAAACGUACGUAAGGAACAACGUACAUGCCCCAGUCUUGCUUACAUAAUGCCUUCUGACUUGCUCUGGGGUAAAGAUGAAAUCUUGAUGAUUACAGCAAAUAAAAAUUACACUGUAUCUAACUAUAAUGAGUUUUUCCAAGAUAUUGGUUUUCCUGUUGGAUAUGAAAUGUAUAAAGAUACAUAUAAAUAUGCAAGAACUGGCUUAAACCCUCCUGGUGUUGAAGUACAUUGCCUUUAUGGCUUGAAUGUGAAUAAUACUGUUGUCAAGUUGGAUUUUCGAAAUACGUCCCACUUUCCUGAUAAUCCAAAAUUAAUUUAUGGUGAUGGAGAUGGAACAGUGAACAUAAGGAGCUUACAAGCAUGCUUGCAAUGGCAGGGAAAGCAAAAGCAAAAAGUACAUCAUGCUGCAAUAUAUAAUGUGGAUCAUUUGGGAAUACUGGCAGAUGAUCAUACUCUGGAAUACAUCAAGAAUGUCGUUCAUCAGUGGUAAUCUGCACAACAUCUCCACCAGAUAUCUCAUUUGAAAUUUUUUUUUGUGUCACAUAUGUUCUUUUUAGUUCAGAAUGACUUUCAAAAUUUUUUUUGUAAAGUUUCUUUCGGUUAAAUUGUGUUUGCGGAUAAAACGAGGUCAUACUUUUUAUUUUAUUUUUUAUUUUUUAAUUGAAAAAAAAAUUAUGUAGAUUUAAAAAAAAAAGUAUUUUUAUAAUAUAUUUUCUAAAUGUCUACUGACGUACAAUAAUUCAGGUUAAUAAUAAUACUGCAUUAGAUGGCAGUAUUAUAGCUAGGGAAAAUGAUUGUACUGUUAGCAAAUCAAGUCUUCAAAGUGAAGAACGUUAAGAGCCAGACUCCCUUUCUUGUCUAAAACUGCUUGCCAUUUUGAAUGCUUCCCCUGUCCUUACUCAAUUUUUGCAUAUGCGCUACCCUUAGUCCUUAAAGAAAAUUUUCUUUUCUGGGAGUUUUACAUCUUAAACAAGCACUUUCUGUGCUUCUCAAUAACUGAUUGGAAUAAUACGCAUUAAAAUAACAUCUCCCGAGAUUCAUAACUUCGCAAUAAUUUCAGCAUGCAGUCCUUCAUACUGAAAUUAUAAUUUGCUGCUGCAAAUUCAGAUUAGCUUAUGCAAUGUUUCCACUUGCCGCCUUAGCCAUAGUUGUUACUCGUUUAGCACUACCCAGGAGGCACGUGGGAAUUAAAGAUAUCACGGACGUAAGUAAUAUUGCCUAACUUUAUAAAUGGGUGUCCUUUUUUUAUUAUUUAUCAUUGUUCUUGUGUGAUACUUGAGCUGUUUUAUAUUUUUGAAUUGAUAUUUCUAAUUAAGACAUAUGUAACAGCAACAGCAUGUUUCCACUUGCUUGAAAAAGUUUUAAAAGCUUUAAAAUGAAAAGCAGUUAAAAAAAUCUGGGAAAAUAAGGAAGUUUUUGCAUACAGUUAGGGAACAUUAAGAAACAAGUCCUGAUCUUUCUUUUUAAUAAUAAAAAUGAGUAUUUUAAAUAGUAAUCUAUAAACAAAAAUGGUUCUUUGAAAAAGAAGAGAAAUAAAUAAUUUUGUUAUGUAAUCUUUGUUGCUUCUUAAAAGUAAUUUACCUGGCUCGUAUUUGAAACAAAUUUAUUCUCCUAUAGCUCUCUUCUUCAUUGAAUGUUAUAAUAAAGAAGUAUAUUAAUAAAAAUGUUUUCAACCCAAUUUAAUUCUUAGCUCUUUUGCUAUAUUUUAAAAUGCCAUAUGGGUAAUAUGUAUUAUGAAUAGUGUACAUCUGUCCUAAAUCUGUUUUUAAAAACGCGUUGUUCUUCUUAGAAUUUGAUUGUUCUUCUUAAAUACCCUAACUGCUUUUUUGAAUGGUUUGAAUACAUGCUACCUGUAUACGUAUAUAUAAAAUCUUUCGUUUUCUUCACCGUAA